AUGGGCUCUAUCGGCCACCUCGACAACGGCCGCCUCGACGGCAGAGGAGGUCUCCACAACGACACCUCGGGCGCGAAAAUGGACUACGAGGUGCUCAUCGUCGGCGGCGGUUUCGGCGGGUGCUACGCGCUCCACAAGCUGCGCAAACAAGGCUUCGCGGCGCACAUCGUCGAGGCCGGAUCCGCGCUCGGAGGCGUGUGGCACUGGAACAGCUACCCUGGCGCGCGCGUCGACUCGGAGACGCCCUACUACCAACUCUCCGUGAGGGAGGUAUGGAAGGACUGGACGUGGACGGAGCGGUUCCCCGGGCACGAGGAGAUCAAGAGGUACUUCCGGCACAUCGACAACGUUCUCGACAUUUCCAAGGACGUGAGCUACAACACAGUCGUUGUGGGUGCCGACUUCGACACCAAGACGGCGCGGUGGAUCAUCGAGACGGACACAGGCCGGCGCAUCACGUCACAGUUCCUCAUCACGGCAACGGGCAGCUCGAUCAAGCGGUACGAGCCCGAAUUCCCUGGAAAGGUGUCGUUCAAGGGUACCGUGGUACAUUCGGCGUCCUGGCCUGAGUCCGGCCUCGACGUGCAGGGCAAGCGGGUCGCCAUCAUCGGGGCCGGGGCGACGGGCGUUCAGUGUGUGCAGGAGAUCUCGAAGCAGCCCGGCGUAACGCUGACGGUGUACGUCCGCAACAUUAACAUCGCGCUUCCGAUGCGGCAGCGCGCUUUGUCGGAGCUCGAGCAGCGCAGCCUCAAGAGCAUCUACGGACAGCUAUUCGGGGCGGCGAAAGACAGCCGGUUGGGGAUCCCGUCCGACGUCAACCCCAGAUCGACGGCCGAGACGACGGCCGAGGAGAGAGAAGCGUGGUGGGAGGAACUCUGGCAGCGGGGCGCGUUCAACUUCCAGGUGUGCCAGUACACGGAUUUCUUGGUGAACGCAGAGGCAAACCGCCUGGCCUACGACUUCUGGGCCAAGAAGACGGGCGCCAGGAUCCGAAACCCGCAGAAAAGGGCCAUUCUGGUCCCCGACGAGCAGCCGUAUCCCCUUGCGACCAAACGUAGCAGUCUGGAACAGGACUCCUACGAGUGUCUCGACCGGGACAAUGUCGAGGUCGUCGGCCUCAAGAAGACGGGUAUUCGCGAGUGGACGCCGCGCGGCAUCGUGACGGAGGACGGGAAGGAGAGGGAGCACGAUAUAAUUGUGCUCGCGACGGGGUACGAUAAUGUGACCGGGGCACUGACAUCUAUGGGGUUGCGUGGCAGAGACGGCGUCGAUCUGAAGGAGAGGUGGAAGGACGGCGUCUGGACGUACCUCGGCCUCAUGACCAGGGGAUGUCCCAAUAUGUUUAUGUUGUACGGGCCUCAGGCCCCCACAGCUCUGACCAACGCGCCGCCGUUCAUCGAGCAACAGGCCGACAUCAUCGUCGACAUCCUCGCCAGGCUCCGUGAGGAGAACGUCCAGUCCAUCGAGCCGCGGCGGUCGGCCGAGGAGCACUGGAAGAAGGUCAUCUUGGACACCAACGAGUCGACGCUCUUCAGCAAGAACGAGUCGUCGUGGUACGUUGGGGCCAACAUCCCGGGUAAGAAAAAGGAGCCGCUCAACUACCUCGGCGGCAUCCCCCGGUACAUCCAGGCCUGUCGGGAGGGAACGAGCAGCUGGGGGGACUUUGAGGUCGUCAGGCUGGAGGGAGGCAAGAAGGAGGCCCAGGCCGGCGCCGAGGGCGUCUCUCUGAUGAACGAGGUCGCUGUAUGA